CAAGUGUAAGCAGAGAACUAAUGGUUUAGAUUAACCGUGAAAGUAAGCCGAGAUUCAUUGGGUUUAUCAGGUACCUUUCUGAUUGACCGCACGUCCCGUGAAUAUAUACAUUAAAGUCUAUAAUAUUUAGCUGAGUCAAGGACUCCAUCCUUAAUGAUGUCUCUGUGUGUAUAAACCACAAUGCGGGUGCUUCUAUUAGACAAAAAGCGGUAGUAAACAAACUGAACCUGCUACACUGUUCCUCUCAGAAAGGACUUAUGUGGACGAGCAUCAAUGAUGUCAGGAAAGAAUUACAAUGGACAGGAAGUCAGCUGCUGCAUCAAAUACUUUAUAUUUGGAUUUAACAUAAUAUUUUGGUUACUGGGGGUGGCCUUCCUGGGGAUUGGACUAUGGGCAUGGAGUGAGAAGGGCGUGCUCUCAAACAUCUCCUCCAUCACUGAUCUGGGUGGCUUUGACCCCGUCUGGCUCUUUCUGGUGGUGGGUGGUGUGAUGUUUAUCCUGGGUUUUGCUGGAUGCAUCGGAGCUCUGAGAGAGAACACUCUACUCCUCAAAUUUUUUUCAGUGUUUCUGGGGAUUAUCUUCUUCCUGGAACUGACGGCAGGGGUUCUUGCCUUUGUCUUUAAGGACUGGAUCAAAGACCAGCUCAACUUCUUCAUUAAUAAUAACAUCAGAGCCUAUAGAGAUGAUAUUGACCUCCAGAAUCUCAUCGACUUCACUCAGGAAUAUUGGGAGUGCUGUGGGGCAUUUGGAGCCAGUGACUGGAAUAUGAACAUAUACUUCAACUGCACAGACACCAACCCCAGCCGAGAGAAGUGUGGCGUUCCUUUCUCCUGCUGCACCAAGGACCCAGCGGAGGAUGUCAUCAAUACACAAUGUGGAUAUGAUGUCCGGGCUAAAUUGGAUGACGAGCAAAAGACCUACAUAUACGUGAAGGGCUGUGUGCCUCAGUUUGAGAAGUGGUUACAGGACAACCUGACCGUGGUAGCAGGCAUCUUUAUAGGAGUUGCCCUGCUGCAGAUUUUUGGUAUAUGCCUGUCCCAAAAUCUAGUGAGUGAUAUUGAAGCUGUGCAGGCGAGCUGUUUGUUCACAUGAAGAUAAAGUUCCUUCAUUUAUACACAGAGGACACAGGAAUAAUGACCCCAGCAGCUGAACUCAACAUGCCAAGUUCAUCAGACGUGUUUGUCUAUUAGAAUGCACUCUUACACCACAUUUUUUUUCACCUGUUAAUGUUCCAUAAAGACACACAUAUAGAUAUUAUUAUACUGAAGAAACUAUUUUGGUCCAGUUUUUGGACAGUGACUUCUUAUUUCUUUUUCAACACAUUACAAUUUUGAUGAGCAUUUUUUCUGUCAUAUGUCAAAAGGUAUGAACCUGUACUCUAUAUCAGGUGAAAGUCCAUCAUCUUCAGUGAACAACCUCUGACACCAGCAGGAUGUACCAUGAAAGUAUCUUCAAAUGAUUUAUAAACCAAUCGAAAAGUUCAGAGGUCCCGGCAAAGAUGUAAUGUCAGAAACAGGGAAUAUCAAUUUAGAUUAUAAACCGAAUUCAAAAAGUGUUCAGGGCACACUUUCUAUAAAACUAAGUAUUUUUCAGAGUUAUUUCAUAGUGGUUUUCCAUGGGGGAAACAAGAAUACAGAUUAUUUAAGCAGUCAGUCAAAUGGAAUUAAUAUGAAGAAAGAAGAAAUGUCAGAUAAUAAACAGAAAUGUGUAAUGUAAACUAUAAGGAUGUAAAAUGUAUAAGGGAAUGUUUCUGUAACACAGACUUACUAUAAUCAGCUUAACUGUUAUUGGAGGAAGUGUGAAAUCUUGAUUCUGUGCUGUUCUUUAACCAUUUUAUCAAAUAAACAAAGUCUUUUUCA